AACAGACAACAAAGGACAACAGAAAAGUGGGAUAAAUUGUUGUUGUCAUUGAUCACAUGACAUCGGUGUUUACUUUGCUACGACAACCAAGCUACCUUAAGGGUCCCGCCUACCAAGCUCAUAGUCAUUGGUCGAAGAGAUACAUGGCGCUCUGUGAUUGGUUAACACUGUUACAAUUGUGACACUUUAAACACGUUUGUAUGCACGCCUAAACGAUCUGUGUUGUUAUGGACUUGAGUCACAUCUGUAAAACAGACUGGGUGUGACCCUGUGACCCCUGCGAGCGGUGGGGCCAUGGCUGCUGGGGCGACAGUCGGGGAGAGCCAACUACAGAGGAUUAUCAGAGAUCUGCACGAUGCUGUUGCAGAGCUUGCAAAAGAGUACAGGGAAAGUGGGGAGCCAAUCACCGAUGACAGUACCAACCUGCACAAGUUAUCCUACAAACUGGAAUACUUACUACAGUUUGACCAGAAGGAGAAGACCACAUUUCUUGGUACAAAGAAGGAUUAUUGGGAGUACUUCACUGACUGCCUGGCCAAAAUCAAAGGAGCCAAUGAUGGGAUCCGCUUUGUCAAAUCCAUCCCUGAGCUGAAGACAUCUCUGGGGAAAGGACGGGCGUUUAUCCGUUACUCCCUCGUACAUCAGCGGCUGGCCGACACUCUGCAGCAGUGCCUGAUGAACCAGAGAAUCACCAGUGACUGGUAUUAUGCACGGAGCCCCUUCUUGAAGCCCCAUCUGAGUGUUGACAUAAUCAAUCACUUGUACGAGCUCAAUGAGGUCCAGUUUGAUGUGGCUUCCAGAGGUCACGAUCUUGAUGCCUCCUGGCCAACUUUUGCAAGGAGGACACUGGGAAACUCACCUGGCCACAUGUGGAAACCACCCACUCGCAGUUCCAGUAUGAACAGUCUGGCCAGCACCUACUCCCAGCAAGCCCACGAGUUCCCCUCCAGCCCUGACUAUGGUCAGAAUCUGCUCAAUGACCUGAACGAAUCCUGCACAGAAGAGGCCAGCACAGCUGAAGACCUUCGCCUGGAGCUGGACCAAUCAGAGCUGAAGCAGCGAGGGCUCCUAGAGAAAGUGCAGCAGCUGGGCGAGGAGGCUGCUGAGCUCAGGGAUGUAGUGGUGCAGCUCCAGAGUCAGCUGGAUGUGUCCCUCGCUGCCCAAGAGGAGCAACAGGGCUUGCAGGGAGAUCUGAAUGCUCUGCAGGGAAGAGAAGAGGCCCUUUCCAGAGAAGUGGAAGCACUCAGGACUGGGGGAAAAGCUGAACAACAACUGCUCCAGGAAAAGCUGGCAUCUGCUGAGGGGAAGAACAUAGAGCUCCUAGCCAAAUUAGACGGGGUGCUGAGUGAAAAGGGCCAGCAGGCAACCAGCCACUUUGAUUCAGCUCAAAAGAUCCAUGAGUUACUGGACAGAUUGAAGGAGGCAGAGAGAGGGAAGAUGGAUGCUGUAGCUGAGGCAGAUGAGAAGAAGAGACAGGCAGAAAGGCUAGAGGACGAGCUGACACUGAAGGAAGCAGCAGCAACGCGUGGCGAAACAAAACUAGAAGCAUUGGUAACAUCUGCAUCUGAGGAGAAGGCAACGUUGGAGGUGAAAGUGGAGGAACAGUGCAGCGCUCUUGAUAAGCUGCAGGGGGCUUUGACAGUGAGAGAGAAGGAGACAAGCAACUUCCAAAGACAACUGCAGGACCUCCAAAGAUCCCUAGAGGAGAAGGAGAAAGACAUGGAGGAGGUGAAGGAGAGGGCACAACAAGAUAAAGAGGACAUGCAGAAGAAGUCUAAUGGUUUAGGAUCAGAAGUCACUGCCCUUAAGGAGAAGCUAAAGGAGAAAGACGCAGAGCUUUCCUCCAACUGCAAGAAACUACAACAGCUAGAAUCCAAGCACCAAAGCCUGAUCACAGAGAGAGGCAAACUGACCAAUAACCUUGUUGAACUGGAGGGUAACGUCAAAGAACAAUCAGCGAAGAUAGAAGAAUACAAGACUCAGUGUGGCAAUUUAAUAGAGCUAAACAAGAAAUUGCUAAAAACAGAAAAGAGAAACGAGGGGAUGAAGAAGGAGAUGGUAGAAAACAGAAAAGUGACCGAGACUGAAUUAGCUGCUCUGAGAGCUUCUGAGAAACAGCUUCGUGGCCAGAUGGACGACACCAAGAUGACGGUGGAUGAAAAGGAGAAGCAUCUGCGUGAGGAGAACCGCCAGCUGGAUGAGAGUCUGCAGAGAGCCAACAUGGCCGCAAAGCUCUCAGAGGCCACGGCAAAGCAUCUGGAGCAGGAGAACCAGACUGUGAGAGAGGAGCAGGACACUGUGAAAGCAGCUCUCAGCCGUAUGCAAGCCGACCUGAGGAGUGUUCACGCGCAGAUCGGAGAGUUGGAGAAAAACUUAGGAGUCUCGCGUAAGAACGAAACCAGCCUUCAAGAACAGCUCGAAGCCAAAGACGCGCAACUAGAACAUGAAGAGAAGAGUCUUGUUGAGCUGCAGUCCAGGUUGGAAUCUCUUGAAACCAGGGAGAAGGAGCUGGAGAUCGCCAAGUCUGACGCAGAAGCAACUUGUGCUAAACAGACAGAAUUGAUUGAAAGGGUUACCUCGGAGAAGCGAGUGAUGGAGACAUCUCAGCUGGAGAGAAGCGCGGUGCAAGUGAAGGAGAACCAGGAAGAGACGGGGAAACUUGAAGGCCGAUUGGAGGUGUGCAUGAAUGACGUGUCCAGGCUGCAGGCAGAGAUCCUGGACCUCAGGGUGCGGGUACAGAGAUCUGAGGAAGAAAAAAUGAAAUCACAAGCACAACUGGAGGUGACGGAGGCCCAGAGAGAUGAGCUCCGGACUCUGACCGAGCAUCUCAAAGCCCAGACUGAGGCACUGAAUCAAAAGCAUGUAACAGAGCUCGUGGACUGCAAGAAGAAAGAGGGAGUUCUCAUUGAACAGCGUGAUAAAGAAGUAGCCGCCUGUGCAGAGUUGUCCAUCUCUGCAGCGGCCACCCGCGAAGAGCUGUCCAAACUCAAGGCAGAAAACAGCAGGCUAUCCUCAGAGAACGGCGAGAUACGAGAGGGUCUACACAGAGCGAACACUGAGAUGGCAGAGCUUGGGAUCACCAUCUGUAAGCUGGGUGCAGAAAAGGAGGAGGCUAGAGAGCACUGGGCCGGGGACGCCGCCAGGAUCCAGGAGAUGGAGAAAGAGGUGGAGCGACUAGAAGAGAGCAUGGCAGAACUGCAGAGGGAGAAUGCCAGACUGAGAGAGGAGCUGACAGAGAAGGAGAAACUUCCAGAGAGUAUCAUGGAGCUCAAGAAGCAGCUGGACAACGCCAAAAACCAAGUGCAGAGCGCCAAGGAGGAGGUGGGGGCCGCCAAGUUCCACCUGAGCUCUGAGAGCAUGAGUCAUCAGGUCCAGAUGAAGAGCGUUAAUGAGCAGCUGGACACGGUGAGAGGUCAGCUGCAGGAGGAGACGAGGAGUGUGUCCAGCCUGCAGGACAAAGUGUCUGAGAUAGAGGCUUUGAAUGGGCAGUACCUGAACCUAACUGGCGAGAAAGACGCUCACAUCACACAGACAGAAACAACCAUCCGUGAGAGUGAGAGCGAGAUUCAGCAGCUGAGGGAUUCUGUAACCAGCGCUGAAGAAGCACACUUGGCUGCGCAAAAGCUCUGCGAGGAUUUGAGGCAGAAACUCAUCACAACAGAAGCUGACAGAGCAAACCAGAGCAUGAAGAUGACUGCAGAGAUCGAUGACCUCAACAGGACGAAGGGCAACCUUGGAGAGCGGCUCAUCGAGCUGAUAAGGGACAAAGAUGCUCUGUGGCAGAAGUCAGACGCUCUGGAGUUUGAGCAGAAAAUGCGAGCAGAGGAGCACUGGUGGUCCGAUAAAGAGACCACCAACUGCCUCGACUGCAAGGGCCAAUUCACCUGGUGGCUGCGCAGACAUCACUGCAGGCUUUGUGGUCGGAUCUUCUGCUACUACUGCAGCAACAACUUUGUGCUGACUAAGCACAGCGGGAAGAAGGAGCGCUGCUGCAGGGACUGCUACAACCAGCACAGCGCGGUGGUGGAGAGGUUCACAGAGGCGGAGCUGAGUCCUUCAGACACUCAGCCCCCCCCACCCGGAGCUGGACCUCAGCCCCCUCCAGAACCAGCCCCGUAUAAACCCACUCCCAGGGUCACAGUUUCAGACCCCAGCCCCAAAUCUGACGACGGGGUUUUUGACAUAAUCACAGAAGAGGAAGUGAACGGCGUCUAUGACAGUGACAACGUGUCCCAGACCACAGGGGGCUCUCUGGAGGGAGAUCAGGAGCCACGGCCCCCUGGAGCGCUGGAUAUAGGCACCGGAGAUGUGACCCCUGAUGACCCUGAAGACCAUGUUCCCACUGUUCAGGAUACAGAAAUCAACAUUCUCAAAUCCGGAGAAGUCACGAUGGCUGUCCCUCUCACCAUUGACGAUAUUUCUGGGUUUGGUGAAGGUUCCCGGGAGCUCUUCAUCAAAUCCAGCUGUUACAGUGUAAUCACUGUUGCCGUGGGUGACCGUGGGCCAACCAUCAGCUGGGUGUUUUCCUCGGAGCCUAAGAGCAUCUCCUUCAGUGUCGUUUACAGGGAAUCAGCUGAUGUUCAUGUGGAACAGUCAAAGGUCCUGAUUCCUCUGACUCGCUGCAAUUCCCAUAAAGAGACAAUUCAGGGACAGCUGAAAGUCCGAAACCCCGGCCUCUACACACUCAUCUUUGACAACUCCUACUCACGGUUUAUCUCCAAGAAGGUCUUCUACCAUCUGACCAUGGAGAGACCCAUCAUCUACGAUGGAAGUGACUCCCCUGAACAUGGAUGAUAUAAAGGAUCUCAAAGAUGGCAAAUUCAACGACAGUUUCUAACUAAUAUGAUUUUAUUUUACCUCUUUUUCUCCAAAUUUGUUUUUACCCAAGUAUUUUAUGUCUCCAUUUUUGAUUGUGUUAUUUAAGUCUGUGGUCUUAUUGUUUUUAGGUGUCCCCAUGUUUUAACUGUGGCCUAAGUGAGGUGUUGUCAACAAGAUGGAAACGUUUCUGAAGGAAACAGAAAGACAAAUGUUUUAGUGUGUUUUUAUAGAUGUCCACCAAGUAAUAUACUAUAUGUACUCCAAGUUUGGCUAGCUUUUGGUUUAGUUUGAGACGUUUUGUCUUUCUUUUAUUUUUGUCAGUCUUACUAUUGGCCUCUCUUUUCCCAAACAUGCUGUCACGUUAGGGAAUGCAGUAGUAUCAGUGUAUGAAAUAUGAUAAAGAAUGUAUGGUAAGUAUUUAUUGGCAAAAGACCCAGGACAUAUUUUAUUUUAAUUGACAAAGUACGGUCAGUUGUUGUGCAAUCUUUUAAAUCAAAGCAGAAAGGUGCAGACAAAAGGUUUGAUCCUGGCUGUAUUAAUGAUCCUGUCUGAACACUAUGUUUGCACUUUGCUAGCGAAGGAAUAUACAAAAAGUAGAAACUAGAAACUGACCCGGAAAAUUACAAUAUCUGUUUUAUAAGAAACCGUUUAAACUUUGUGCAGAUCUCAGGAGUGGGACAUUGGAGUGUCCUGUAUUUGUAGCAUGUCCUUAUUUUAAUGUUUUUGGGAAAGAGAAAGAAGAAAAACUGCCAUCUUAGUUUCUGUGUCAGGAGAAUACAAAUCAGCUUUCUCCAUCCAGUUUAUAGGACCUCAUUAAGCGGAGUGCCUGCUCCUACACAGGCUGACUGGUGUCAUUACAAUGAUAUUCACUAAAAGUAUAUUAAAAACUGUCAGCUAAUCAGCUACUGUACUUCUAAAGUGCCUAUUAUCUCUGAUGGCCAGGGAUUACUUUGCUUUUGAAGCAUCGACAUAAAACAUGACACUUGGUACGAGUUGAUACCAUUCUGUAAAAACGUAAUCCCAGUGACAUUCAAAUCACAUAUCACACAUCAGCAUUUGUUUUAAAUUUUACUUUCAUUUGGAUUCUAUUGUAAUCCCUGGCAUCUUGUUUAGGAAACCCUCUUCAAUGUACUCUCGGUGAUCAAAUGGCUUUUAUUAUGUUUUAAUGUUUCUUUUAAAGCAAAGUAAUGAGAAAAAAAUGAUCCAGCUCGAUCUCGGAUAAAUCCGUACACUACUUAAAAAAGCAAGGGCUAAUCUCUAUGCUGAUGAAAUCUUUUCUAGCUUCAUAGUAAGAUCUCUUAUAUUUUUAAUGGCUAUAUAUUUGUGCAAUUUCUAUGCAAAGGCUCAUAUUUUCAUUACAGAGCUGCACUUUGUGAUAAUUACUUUACAAUUUGUUACAAACAAUACUGAAUCGGUUAAGUUUACAGUAUCUUUGUCAGAUUUUUCUACUUGCCGAUUUUGAAGGAUCAUUUUUGGAGAAGUGUAAUAUGCAUGAAUCAUAACUACAGGCACUCAGUGUGACUAAUAGACCUGUCAAACAUCCAGUAAACAUGAAUAAAAUGUGAGAUCGAUGACGUCUCUGACAUCCACUAA